CCGCCCGCCUCCCUAAAGGCUCGAAUGCGAUUGGAGGACUGGGCUGUCAGUCAGGUGACGCAGGCGCUGUUGAAGAUGGCGGACAAGCCGGUUCCAGUUGCGGAGAAGCGGUUGAUGGACGUGAAAUUGGGGGAGCUGUCCCGAUGGAUCACUGCGCGAGACUUCACUCCCAACGGCAUCCUAGGGGCUUUGCGUCGAGGCCAUAACCGGUAUUACACCAAGUACAUCAACGUAAAGCGAGGUGGGAUUGGUGGUGUUGCCAUGAUGCUGGCUGGUUACGUUGUCAUCAGUUACAUCUGGGAGUACGAUCACCUAAAGCAUGAGCGUUGGAGAAAAUAUCACUGAACUGCUGCUGAAUUCCAGAUCGUUCCGCUCGCUGUAUUUAUGGAAUUUUAAUGAAACGAGUGUUUGAGUUAGAAUCAUGGAAAAUAAAUUUAGGACCAGUGUCAAUCUCA